AUGAGUCAACCAAGAAAAUGGCCUGUCUCUCGCUUAGCGAUCCUGCUCAUUGUCAUCCUGAUAUUGGGGAUAGUAGCUUCAGUGAUACUAUUAAUUUUUGCUUUUCUCCCUAGUGAAAAUGAUCAUUACUUAAUUGGUGUUGGUCGAGCAGACUGCACUGGCCCUGUGGCUGAAGUACCACUUAUGGGCUAUGGCAGUCUAGAGCAAAGUGGUGCUGGUAUGGUCACCCGACAGCAUUGUAGGACAUUCAUCGUAGCAGAGCUUCAGAAUCACACCAAAAGAGUGGUGUUUAUUACUGCUGAGAUAGGGAUGAUAUCUCAAAGGCUUAGGCUAGAGGUAAUGAAACAAUUGAAGCAAAAAUAUGGAGAUUUGUAUAGACACGACAAUGUUAUAUUGAGUGGAACUCAUACUCAUUCAGGACCUGGAGGAUAUUUCCAAUACACGCUUUUUAUGAUCGCUGGUAGGGGAUUUAUUAGGCCAUCUCUUAAUGCCAUUGUCAAAGGGGUAAUAGAGAGUAUUGACAUAGCUCAUCAAAACAUGAAGGAAGGACACAUUUUCAUCAAUAAAGGUGUGCUACAGAAUAGCCAAAUCAACAGAAGCCCCUAUUCUUAUCUUCAAAAUCCAAAAUCCGAAAGAGACAGAUAUUCAUCAAACACAGACCAAGAAAUGGUGGUACUGAAGAUGACUGAUGUUGAAGGCCAAGACAUAGGGAUGUUUAGCUGGUUUGCAAUUCACCCUGUCAGCAUGAACAACUCCAACCAUCUUAUAAGCAGUGACAAUGUGGGCUACGCAGCUUAUCUCUUGGAACAGGAGAAGAAUAAAGGACCCUUAUCACAAAAGGGAUCAUACGUAGCCGCUUUUGGGGCAUCUAACCUGGGAGAUGUAUCUCCGAAUAUAAAGGGACCACAUUGCAUAAACACCGGGGAGUCCUGCGAAAACCUCAACAACUAUUGCACAAUUGGUGGGGCCAAGAUGUGCAUAGCUUCAGGUCCUGGGAAGGAUAUGUUUGAGAGCACAAAAAUAAUUGGAAGAAACCUCUACCUGAAAGCAAAGGAGUUGUCAACUACAGCCUCUGAAGAGAUAAAUGGUCCCCUCAGUUCCGCUCACCAGUGGGUGGACAUGUCAAACACUACUGUACAGCUCAAUGCUACCCAUUCGGCUAAAACAUGUAAACCAGCCUUGGGGUACAGCUUUGCUGCCGGUACUAUGGAUGGACCAGGAAUGUUUAAUUUCACACAAGGGGCAAUACACGGUGAUUCGUUCUGGGACGCAGUCCGGGAUGGAUUGCUUACUAAACCAUCCAGAGAAACAGAAGAAUGUCAGAAACCUAAGCCUAUCCUGAUUCCUACAGGAGAGUUGACAAAGCCUUACCCAUGGCAUCCAGAAAUUAUUGAUGUUCAAAUUGUUACCAUUGGAUCGUUGGCGAUAGUGGCUCUUCCAGGAGAGUUUACGACAAUGGCCGGACGGAGAACCCGUGAAGCUGUUAAAAGUGAAUUCGAAGCUCAGGGGAAAGCAGGAAUGCAUAUUUUACUGGCAGGCGUAUGCAAUGUUUAUACCCAUUAUAUAGCAACUUUUGAAGAAUAUCAGAUUCAGCGGUAUGAGGGAGCGUCCACUCUUUUUGGCCCGCACACUCUGUCUGCUUAUAUCCAGUCGUUCAGAGAACUAGUCAAGGCUGUGGUCAAGGGUACCAAUCAGGACAUACCAAAACUUCCAGAGCCUGACAUUUUCAACAUAAGCAUCUCAGACUUUUUGUUUCCUGUUAUGGAUACAAAACCCCUUGGUCGUAAAUAUGGAGAUGUACUGCAAGACGUGAAGCCAACAUAUAGGGUGGGAGAAGUUGCUAGAGCACAGUUUGUUGGCGCAAAUCCCAGGAAUUCUGUGGAAAACACAACCAGUUUCACUUUCCUUACAGUAGAGAAAUAUGACAACAUUUCAGGCCAUUGGCAAAUCGAGUAUGAUGAUGCCUCAUGGGACACCAGGUUCAUCUGGAAUAAAGGCAGCUGGGGGCGCAGCACAGCUAUAGUAGAAUGGCACAUCCCAAAUAACACUGAACCAGGAACCUACAGACUAGGAUAUUUUGGUCACCACAAGGAAUUUCUGAGCUCUAUUCGUGCUUUCAGUGGCAGAUCUUCAACGUUUGAACUUUCAGACUUGGAAUUUGUGGAAUUGUAG